UUUUACGCCACAACAAAUGAAAAAAUCACAACAAAAUUUAAAAACAAAGUAUUAAUAAAUUAUUGACAUUUUACAUUCUCUUUGCAGAAGUUUUGAAACUUUAUUGAGAAGCAUUAUCUGAGAAAUGAUCAAUCUCAAAGUUUAGCCGCUUUAGUAAAUUUUUUUUCAUGGUUGCUUUUUAAAUUAAAGAAAAGAAGCUCUUUAUGUCUAUUUUUUAUUGAUUGGAUUAAGUAAGAAGAAAAACUAAAGCAUCUUGGUGUCACGUAUUGCAGAUUUUUCUAAAAACAAAGAAAUAUAUAUUUUUAAAUAAAAACAGAAUCCUGCAAAAAAUGAUUUGUUGGCGGACAAAAUUAUUUCCUCUGCCAAAUUUAACAAUUUUUGCCAUUCUUCUUUCCAUUUUAGUUGUCGCAGCAGUUGGUCUUAACUUUGUUGUUGUAAUCAUUAUUUUAAGGAUGAAGAAACGAGAAUUAUGUAGCUAUAUCUUAUUGUCACUUUCAAUUUCAGACCUGCUUAUAGGAAUGGUUCUUGGUCCAAUAACGAUUGCGCAAAUAUUAGAUUAUAAAUUGUUAUUAAACUGUACAGCGCAUUUUAUUCGCAGUUAUAUUUUAGUCUUGCUUGUUGGCUCCUCCUUGUUAACACUAGCAGCAGUGUCAUACGAUAGAUAUUUAUUGCUGACUAAGCUGUCUAACUACAAUCAGUAUAUGACUAAAAAAAAAGUGAUUUUACUGAUAGGGUUUGCAUGGUUUUUUCCUGGAUUGAUACCUUUAACCAAAAUAUUCAACAUGACACUGUAUGUUGUUUUACGAAUCGCUAAUUGUACACUUCCUUUAAUUACCCUUGGUGCCUUUUAUUAUCUUAUUACACAAGAAGUACGUAAAAGAGAAAUUCAUACAAGUCAAAACAGAAUAAACAGUUGUGCAUUAGAUAACGAUAUAUUUACUGUUAACAAGCAUACUGCUAAUAUUGGCCGGUCAACAGAUUUGUCUGUAAAAUAUUACUCUCACGAUAAACUAAGAAAGCAUAAAAGGGUAGCAAAGUCAGUCACUUUAUUAAUCGCAUGCUAUUUAGCAUUUAUUUUUCCUUUAAACAUUUGGAUGAUUUUAGAACUCAUAAAUAUAGAAUAUAGCCCAAAAGCUCAUGAAGUAUUUUACAUGUGUGUCGUCUUCUUUAUGCAUGCUAACUCAUGUAUAAAUCCAAUCAUUUAUUAUGCAAAGCAAUCGGAGAUUAAAAAAGGAUUUAAACAAAUUUUCAAGUUGAGUAUACCAGUAUACAAUAAUCCAAAAAAAAUUGGAAUCAACAGCAAUGUCUAAAAUUUGAAAUUAACAAUGUUUUUUUUUUUUGUUUAAGCAAAAGUAUUACUGUAAC